UCUUCUCUCAAUACACAUACAUAUUUAAUUGUACAUAUUUUUCAGAGAGAAACCAAUGCAAAGAGUUGCUACAAUAGCUCAGGAUGAGACAGAGGAUCCAACCACUUUAGCUGAUUCCGAUAGUUGUUUCUCUACAUUUAAUAGAGUGCAAAUACACCACAAGAUUAUUAGUAAUCCUUUGAAUCAGGGGAUAAAAAGGGUCACUCACCCUAUGAUCCUGCUGCACGGCUUUGGCGCCUCAGUGUACUCGUGGAGCCGAGUCAUGAAGCCAUUAGCCAACGCCACUGCCUCUCAAGUUGUUGCAUUUGACAGACCGGCCUUCGGGUUGACCUCAAGGGGGCAGACCUCGUCCGGGAGCCAACCCUUGAGUCCAUACUCGAUGAUGUUCUCUGCGUUGGCCACAAUGCACUUCAUCGACUUCUUGACCGCUGCUGACAAGGCCAUCCUCGUUGGGCAUUCUGCUGGUGCACUUGUGGCACUAGACGCGUAUUUUGAGGCGCCCGAGCGUGUGGCUGCUCUAGUCCUUGUCGCUCCCGCAAUUCUUGCACCAUUCUCUAUGAAGAGUGCUGUCAAAGAAAAUCAAAAGGGAAACAAUUUUGUUUUCAUGUUUGGAAGUUUGUUAAUGGGGCUUAUAAAAGGGAUAGGACGCAUGAUAUACUUUCUCUAUCAGAAAACUCUUUCAGCAAUUUUGCUCAAAAAUAUGGUAUAUAGUUAUCAACUGAUCAUAUCCCUAUUUUGGCCUCUACGUAAUGUUUCAGAUAAGGACGUAAUGUUUCAUAUAAGGAUAAUAAUUGAUAAAUUUGGAACACGAGCCGUUCGCGCUGCAUGGUAUGAUUCGAAACAAGUUAGUGACGACGUCUUACUAGGCUACACAAAGGUGAGUACUACUUACUUGCCCAAUGAGGGUGAAGGAAUGGACAGGGCGCUUGCAGAAUUCGCAGUUGCGAUACUGACAGACUCUGCAUCCGUAUCAAAGGAUAAGAGGCUGAGCGAAAUCUCGUGUCCAGUUCUGAUCAUAACGGGAGACACGGAUAGGCUUGUCCCCUCUUGGAACUCUGAGAGGCUCGCGCGAGCUAUACCAGGAUCUUCCUUCCGAGUAAUUGACAAGUGUGGCCACGUGCCGCAUGAAGAAAAGGCUCACGAAUUUUUAUCCAUAGUGGACGAAUUCCUGCAAAGAGUGUUCGAGGCUCCUCCCCAGGAAGCAACUUAG